AUGCUUCUAGUGCCUUCCGUCCAGGUCAAGCAUCAGGGAUCCGAUCAGAGUCCAUGGUUAUCAGUAUCCAUUCCAUCCAGGUCAAGCUUCAAGGUUCAGGUCAAGGUCCACGGUUUUCAGAUCAAGGUCCACGGUUUUCAGGUAUAUCAAACCUCGAUGAGCAGUUACUCAUUUGUUUUUGUAUAUUUGAACUAUCCAUUCCAUCCAGGUCAAGCUUCAAGGUUCAAGUCAAGGUCCACCGUUUCAGUAUCCAUUCCAUCCAGGUCAAGCUUCAAGGUCCAGGUCAAGGUCCACGGUUUUCAGUGUUCAGCCAUCGAUAUCAGGCGUCAAGGUUGCGAUCUUCCAGCCAAGUGUUCAAUCAUCCAGGUCAAUCAACAGUAUUCUGAUCUCCCGUCCAUGUGUUCCGCCAAUCAUGUCAAGCGUCCAGGUUCCCAUCUCCCUGCCAUGGUUAUAGACUGUUCAGUCAUCCAGGUCAAGCAUCUAGGUUCUGAUCGCCAAUCCAUGGUUAAAGCCAUCCAGGUCAAGCAUCAAGGUUCUACUCGCCCGUCCAUGGUGUGUUCAGUCAUUCAUGUCAAGCAUCAAGGUUCCGAUCACCCGUCCAUGCAUCCAGAAAUUCAGGUCAAGCGUCAAGGACCCGAUCACCCCUCCAUGGUCAUAAGUAUAAAACAACAUUAUGGGCAUAUACUCACUAGCUGUAAUAUACUUCUUGUGUUCAGUCGUCCAGAUUUAAUAUAUCUCCAGUCUCCAGCUAUCCAGGUCAAGCAUCAAGAUUCCGAUCUCCCCGCCAUGGUUAUAGGUAUAACAAAAAUCGAUGAGCAAUCACACUCGGCUUUAUUUAUUUCUAGUGUUGAAUCCACCAAGAUCAUGCUUCACGGAUCCGGAUUCAGUCCGUGGCUAUAG